AUGGGAAAACCAUACCCUGAAACUACUAAACAAAUUGAAACUCUAAAACAUUUGGCUGAAGAAGUAGAUAAAGUUCAUGAAUUUAUUGUCAAAAGAAUUGAGACCGAAGCAGAUUUAGAUAAAUUUCCUACCGAUGAGGAAAUCUCUAAC